AUUCUUCUGGAUGUCAUCGAGUGAUAGCCAAUCGUUGACUUAUGAGUCAAUCCUCGAGUCGUUUGUCCGACAAUUGCCGCCAAACGGGACAUUCAAAUGUCAUUACAAUGAGUGCAACAAAUGUUUCACAACUCAAAGCCGAUUGGAUGAACACAAACGCCGCAGACAUGCCGUACAAGACAUCACUCCUCGGGAACCGAUGAUUAGCUCAACCGAUGUCAGAGACCAGUCGAUGACAGCCACAGAUGACGGCCAACAACAACCAAAUGCCAUACCAGUGGCCAACCAAUCACUGCCGACAAUCAGCACCACUUCCAGUCCCGACAGCCAAUCGCUGGACAACACGUGCGAUGACGAUUCAGACAAUGACAUCAAAAUAGUGGACACAAUACCGGCGGUAAACACCGGCCAAACACUGCCGCCGCUACUCAAUGACCACCACUUGUCGGCCACCGCUUCACUUGUCAACAAUCCGUGCCUUAAUAGUCUUAACACAAAUACUGGUCACACGUCCGCCGAUAAGCCGUUGCCGACUACCGGCCAAACUGUCAUUGAUUUGGACACUGAUCUCGAAGUAAUAGAUACUAUACCUGAGCCCAUACGGGCGACUACAGAGCCGGCGCCGACCGCUGAACACCAAACACUCAGUGAUCAACAAUUGCUCAACACUUCACUCGUGGACCACAACCCGUGCCUUAAUACUAUUAAUGCAAAUACUGAUCGCAAGUCGGCCACCGAUAACCAGUUGCCGACUACCGGCCAAACUGUCAUUGAUUUGCCGCCAACUCAUGUGUGCCGUAUCGACGGCUGUGGCCUCGAGUUUACCAUUGAAUACACGCUAAUCGCACACCAGAGGGCUGUCCACAAGACAACGGCGCCAACCGUUCACUUCUGGUACGACACGAGUGGUGUCGGCGGCAAUGUUAGCGCCGGUAGUCCUAAACCUGAUGCCAUCCAUGAGUGCAAACACUGCCACAAAACCUAUGUCACGAAACGGGAGCUCAAGAAACACCGCCGGACUGUCCACUUGUCGGACGACAAACCGUACGGCUGUGCGCACAACGGCUGCGGCCUAUCGUUCGCCACAAUACCGGAGCUGAAGAGACACCGACUGUCUGUCCACUCGGCCACCGGUCGACAGUAUCGGUGCGACGGCUGCGCCAAAACAUAUCACAGCAAACGAAGGUAUGAUAAGCAUAGGCUGACUGUCCACUCAACGGCGACGGCCACUGAAGCAGAACACGUGUCCACUAGUGUUGCCGUAACGGCCGGCCCGACCCCUACCGUCCAAUCGGUCUACACGUGUAAGAAAUGCGACAAAACAUUUGAUACCAAACCGGAACUCAAGACUCAUCGGCGAACCGUUCACUCAAAGACCGCCAAACAGACCGUUCACUCGUCACCGCCGGCUGUGACCGCAUUGGCUCCGCACAAACCGCACGCCUGUCUAUCCCACGGUUGCGGCCAAUCGUUCACUACUAUAUCUGAGCUGAAGAGACACCGACUGGCCGUACACUGUGCUAAAGGUCGACAGUAUCGGUGCGAAGGCUGCGACAAAAAGUAUUACACGAGACAUAUGCUCGAUAAGCAUCGGCUGAAGCACUCGGUGUCAGCUCAGGUCACUCUACGGCCGACCAUUGAUCGUGAAGUCAACUCAAACAACAGUGAUUCUGACUCUGAUCUCGAAGUGAUAGAUGUGUUGCCGGCGCCCAAACGCACCGCACAUUCAGUGCCGCCGAUUACUGGCCACACAUCAAAACCGAAAAUCAUUGAGAUCUCCGAUACGAGUAGUGAUGAAAACUGUGGACACGAAUCGGGCGAUAAUCGGCCAGAAGUGACCGCAAAUGGAGUCCACCCGUCAUCUGAACCACUAGUAGACGAUAUACCAGUGCCGGUGCGCCCCAUCGCUGAUCACCAAUCAAAACGGAAAUACAUUGAUAUCUCCGAUACGAGUAGUGAUGAGAAUAGUGGACACGAAUCGGGCGACAGUCGGCCAACAGUUAGCGCAAAGGCUGGCAAAGACUCGCAGUCUGUGACCGUAUCGGCGGCUCUCAAAGUGCAUCCCUGUCUACACGACGGCUGCGGCCGAUUGUUUGUCACAAUACCGGAGCUGAAGAAACACCGGCUGUCUGUCCACUCGGCCACCGGUCGACUGUAUCGGUGCGACGGCUGCGACAAAACAUAUCACACAAAACGAAAGUACAACAAACACCGGCUGACACGAGUUAACUGUCCGCCUGUUAUUACCGACACUACAGACGAGCCGUACGUUUGCCUACACGACGGUUGCGACCAAUCGUUUGCCACUAUACGGGAGUUGAGACACCACUCGAUGACUGUCCACUCGACUCCCGGCUGGCAAUACCGGUGCGACGACUGCACCAACAUUUAUGGCGAUAAAUACAGACUGAAUAAGCAUAGACUGACCGCACACUCGGCGGCCACUGGUGUACAACAGGCGCCCAUUGAAUCCAGACCUAACGUCCCGUCCAUUGUUGCGGACGUCAUAGACGCUACCGAUCGGUACGUCUGUCGACACGACGGUUGCGACCAUUCGUUUGCUACUAAAGGGGAGCGUAAGACACACCACAGGUCUGUCCACUCGGGGGCUAUGAAUGCGGCCAACAGUUUGUCAUUCAUAAGAAGCUGA